CUCCGAUCUUUGCCGAGUGUAGCCGAGAACUUCCGGAAGUGGAAUGUGUAGCGGCAGUCCACACACGACUAGGGCACUGUUUCCCACACACACGAGCCGUAUAGUGGUUAGUUAAACAUCUGGGCACCGGUUAAACUUUUACCACCCGGAAUCAUGUCCGAUUUGUGUUAUAAUAAGGGAUGUGGACAGCGAUUUGAUCCAGAAAAUAACCCAGCUGAUGGCUGCACCUAUCAUCCAGGAAUCCCAGUAUUCCAUGAUGCAUUGAAGGGAUGGUCCUGCUGCAAAAGAAGAACCACUGACUUCUCAGACUUUCUCAGCAUUGUUGGCUGUACAAAAGGUCCCCACAACAAGGAGAAGCCCCCUGAGCCGGUGAAACCAGACAUGACAUCGUCAGGAGAAAAUAAAGACAUAGAUGACCAAAAACCAAAGUUCAAUGAGUUCAUCAUCUCCGCACCAAAGCCUCAGGAGGCGAUACGCAGACCAAGUGCUGAUGAGCCGAUGGUGAGGAUGCAGCACAAAGUGUCUUCUUCGCUGAAGCAGGCUUUGGAGAAACUGAAGCUUACUGAAAAUGAAGCAGAGAAGAAAGAGGAAGAUAAUGACGAGAUCAAGAUUGGAACAUCCUGUAAGAAUGGAGGAUGUACUAAAAGUUUCGAUGGACCUGCAAGCGAUUCGGAUGAGUGCUCAUACCACUCGGGAUUUCCAAUCUUCCAUGAAGGGAUGAAAUACUGGAGCUGCUGUAAGAGGAAAACUUCCGACUUUAACACCUUCCUCUCUCAAGAGGGCUGUACCAAGGGAUCACAUCUAUGGAGGAAAAAAGAUGAGGGUAACAAAGUGGUUCCAUGUCGGUUUGACUGGCACCAGACGGGGAUGCAGGUCAUCAUCUCUAUCUACGCCAAAAAUGGCAUCCCAGAGCUGAGCUACGUAGAGGCUAACAGCACCACGCUCGACAUCCAUGUUAUAUUUGAGGGAGAGAAGGAGUUUAUGCAGAAAAUCAACUUGUGGGCAGUGAUAGACGUGAGUAAAAGCAUCGUGAACAUGAUGGCCAGCAAAAUCGAGAUAGCCAUGAAGAAGUCCGAGCCCAUGACUUGGGCACGCCUUGACCUUCCUCCCCCGGCCCCCCCCAAGGAGCAAAUAAAGGAAAAAGAGGAGACUGAUAGCGAGGAGGAAGAUGAAUGAUGAGGUAUUACAAUACAAACAUGGUGCGUACCUUUAGCUGAAUCCAAGGCCUCACAGUUCAUUACCUCUUUUGCUGUCAUUGACAAUGGGCCUCUGCUCUUCAACAGCUUUCCCCUUUCAUUCUUAUUUGUCAACAUACUUGAUUUUUGCUGGUUUUGGUUCUUUGUAUUGCUCAAUAUAAUUGUUUGAAUGCUUAGGAAUCUACAAGAUUUUACAACAGCUUUUUCACUAAAGACUAAGGGUCACAUUUGUUAAUUGCACUGAAGUUCCCAGGAGAUGAAUUCCCCACAGUAAGAUAGGAGUCAGGCGUGACUAUGCUUAAGUCAUCCUAAUGGACCACUGAUCUCUAUUCCCACAUUCUACGUUAAAAGAUUCAUUCCAUCCAAUAAUUUUAUAUUUUUGAUGAUUGCAUUGUUUGUCCAGAAGAAUCACAUCAGACUGAUUGCUGUGCUCAUAGAUAUGUCCCCAUGUAUGGCAAUGAGACAGACCCAUGUAGUCUAAGCAGGAAGUUUUGAUCUCUAAGACACUUGUAUAAUAUAAAGUUUAAUAUCAAUAAAUUGUGUUUUAAAGAAAUGAACUGUUCAUUUUGAGCCUUAAAUUUAGAAAUGAAGAUUAGCUCCCACUACCCCCUUUAAUUCUCUCUUUUUUUUUAACAUGGUUAUACCUAUUAUGUAUAUUUGUACAAGUUUUGCUUCGAAAUGAUCAAUGCUGUGUUUAUCUCCAUUUGUUGUCAGAGCAACAAAGCGCAGUUUGUAUAACGAGAAUGUACUGUAAUGUCUGAGAAUGCUAAAUGAAUACCAAGUAUUUUUCAGCAAAGUACUGUGUUGUUAAAAAUGCUAGACAGCACGUCUGGGAUUUGGCUGAAUGAAUACAUGACGUGUGGGUGAAAAUGUUUAGGGAACCAGUUUAUCUUACCAAAAAUAAACGUUUGUGUUGAACUUUUGAAA